AUGGCAAAUAUUCCAACUUCUCAACCUCUUUAUCGCCCUCCAUCUCCAAAUUCUCGUCCAAUGCAGCCCUCAGACCCCAACCAGUCAAUACAAAGAGGUCCUUCCCCAUAUCGCCCUGCCCCUCCCGGUCCAGGCGGUGGCUACCCAAACCAACGGCCUGCACCAGAUCCUCGUUUUGGAAAUCCACCUCUUGGACGUCCUUUCACGCCCCCUGGUGGAUACAACAUGCAAACACGACCUCCAACGAUCGGCGUUAGCCCAUCGCCACCGCUACCCUCUGGUGGCUACCGUCCCCCGUCUGGUAUUCCUCAGCAACUACCCGGUCAACAAACAGGACCGAGGUCUCCCAUUUCUCCAAGUUAUCGACCGGGACAAAUUCCUACAGUGGGCCAAGUAGGUUCACCACCGUAUCCAAAUCAUUCGCCCACGGCGACGGGCCCUGGAUAUCAAAUGGCAACACCGAAUUCUACUUCCCCACCUCCAGUUGAACAACGUGCCUCGACGCCACCAACAGCGAGCACUCAUAAGCCAAAGCGUUUAUAUCCAAAACAAAUUACCGAAGCUUACACGGAAACCAACACGUAUGAUUCAUCAUAUCAAUCUUUCACACCAUCAAUGGCUCCUGGUGUUGGUCAACAACCACCCCUUCAGCAAAAUCUAUAUCAACAGCCCCAAUUCUUUACUCCUGCCGGAAAUCAGAAUUUCCAAGCUACACCGACGCCAGUAACUCCAAUGUAUAACCAACAAUAUGCACAGCCUCAAAAAUCUACAAUGACACAACUAUCGAAUCAAUUUAGUAGUAUGGGCUUUGGCGGAACACCACAGUCACAAUUGAUUCCCGUUCAACUAAUCGGUGUCCCUCCGAAUGUCAGAGACUUGGACGCACCUCCACCACCGAUUAAUCUACCACCUAACUCGACUGUAACUCCGUCAGAUAAAGCGAACUGCGAUCCAUCUUACAAACGAUGUACUAUCAACGCUGUACCCGGAUCUUCAAGUCUUCUUAAUAAAUCUCGCUUACCAUUUGCACUAGUUGUUACCCCUUAUAGAAGCUUAAAAGACGGUGAUGAUCCAGUUCCUGUGGUAAUUGGGACGAGUGCCUUGUGUUAUGCUAAUGAUUUUAGUACAAAUUUACUGAUAUUUACUUUUGACAUUACAACAGUACCUCCUCAGUUCGAUCUGGAUUUACAGACAAAUCAACCGACAGAAAGAUGGAAACGUGCUGAGUUGAAUCAUGCCGUCGUCGAAUAUGUUGCACCCACCGAGUAUAUGUCUAAUGCAUCAGAACCCCAAAUGUUGGUUGUUUCUGACCUCGAGGAUGUAUUUCUUCCACAACCAGACGAUUUGUUAGUAAACCUCACAGAGUCUCGGGCUGUAGUUGAAUCACUGCUCAGUCGUCUUGGAGAUAUGUUCAAGGAUACUCAGAUAGUCGGGAAUUCCCUAGGGUCUGCUUUGUUGGCUGGUUUUAAAUUGAUUUCACCUAUUGGGGGUAAGAUUGUGACGAUUUUAUCUAGUUUACCAAGUAACAAUCCUGGUGCAUUGAAACCUCGAGAAGAUCCGAAAGCUUUGG